GGAGGAAACUAGAAAUUAAUCAUGUGAUUGAGCAGGUUGGAGUAAAAAAAAUGAAAUUGGAAUUGAUUUUUUGUUGCAGCUGAGCUGAGAGCUGGGUGUUGAGUUGAGGUAAAGUGAUUUGGAUGAUCGGGUUGGGUUUUGCCAAUCACUAUUCUUUUCUUCUGUAACACCAAAUUUGCCACCCUUGUAUCGUUCGUAAUCGUAUGUAUCCUCCUCCUCCACGUGCUUCUGCCUGCACUCUCUACAGUGUUUCUCUAUUCUCCACCAUAUUCAACCCCUCCAUUUCAUGGAACCACCACCCAUGGACUCCACCACCACUGUCACAUGGCCUGAUUAUCAUCAAACCCAAACCCUAAACACAGUACUCCCAUCACCAUAUCCUCCUCCUCCUCCUCCUCCUCCUUCAACAUCUUACCCUACCCAUUACCCCUAUUACCCUCAAAACCCUAACCCUGCUGCCACUGUUGUAGAACCUGUGCUCAACCCUCCUGGUGUUGAUUCCUAUGCCCCAUUGAAUUCCAACCCAGUUUCCCAUCUGGGUUAUGAACCCAUUCCCAUUCCCAAUCCCAAUUUGCCGUACGGUCAAGGCCACGUUGUAGAUUCGAAUGCGAGCUCGUUGGUGCCGCCGUCUUAUGGGUACUACUAUGACCCCAAUGCUCAGAAUUGGGCUGCUAGAGAGGCUGUCAGGCAAUAUGGUGCAGACCCUUCUGUUUAUGGAGCUGGCAUCCCUAUACCAUCAAAUGGCUCAGAACAAUUGGCUAUUGUAAAUCCUAGCUCCACAUGGUGGACAAAUACCACGACUCAACCUCAUGGCAAUGGAAAAUGGAAGAAAUACCCAAAGAAACCUAAAAUGAAGACUGUGCAACCUGCAUAUUGUGAAGUUUGCAAGACAGAGUGCACCAGCAAGGAUGUACUGGACCAGCAUAAAUUAGGAAAGAGGCACAAAAAGAACUUGGAGAAACUAAGAGAAUCAUUAAAACCAGCCCAAGUUCAUCCAUCUGGGUCGUCUAAUCCUGUUAUAGGACCACGAGAACAGAACGACAAGGGAAAAUCUAUCAGUAAGCUUAAGAGUAAGAGGAAAAUUGAAACUCCAGAGGAUUUGGAGAUUAAGAAAAAGAAGGUUCUUGAAGGAGGGGCUGCAGCUAAUGCAGUUAGAACCUGUGCUGUAUGUAAUGUGGUGUGUAAUAGUGAGACAGUUUAUAAUUAUCAUAUUGCAGGAAAAAUGCAUGCUGCUAUGAUGAAGAAAGCAUCUGGCCUUAGACAACCCAAUGCUAGUUAAUUUCCUCUUUUUUUAUUUUUUUAUUUCUGGAACAUUAGUUUUACUUUCAUGACAUUGGUAUAGUAUUUCCACUGAGAAUUUGAAUAGAGUCUCUGUUGUUUAAUCUUAGUUUUAUAUGACAAAGAAUUGAGUGUAUAAA